CAAUGGCCAAUAAGAACUGCCCUUAAGCGUGGGGGGGGGGGGCGGACGCUGGGUAAAGAGUCUGAAGCCGACCCUGGGAGGGUCAGAGCACAUCCGGUGUUAGAAGAGCUGGUAGGCUCCUGAGUGGCGGGUUAAGAAGAGCGGAGGCUGUGUCACACAGACUCUAGAACCAUGAACAUAUUUGAUCGGAAGAUCAACUUUGAUGCACUUCUAAAAUUUUCACAUAUAACCCCCUCAACACAGCAGCACUUGAAGAAGGUCUAUGCCAGUUUUGCCCUUUGUAUGUUUCUGGCGGCUGCGGGAGCUUAUGUCCAUGUGGUCACUCAUUUCAUUCAGGCUGGCUUACUUUCUGCCUUGGGCUCCCUGGGGUUAAUGAUCUGGCUGAUGGCAACACCUCAUAGCCAUGAAACUGAGCAGAAAAGACUGGGACUUCUCUCCGGAUUUGCUUUCCUUACAGGAGUUGGCCUGGGUCCUGCUCUGGAGUUGUGCAUUGCUGUCAAUCCUAGCAUCCUUCCCACUGCUUUCAUGGGCACAGCAAUGAUCUUUACCUGCUUCACCCUGAGUGCACUCUAUGCCAGGCGCCGGAGCUACCUCUUUCUGGGAGGUAUCCUGAUGUCAGCCAUGAGCCUGAUGCUCUUGUCUUCCCUGGGGAACCUUUUCUUUGGAUCCAUUUGGCUUUUCCAGGCAAACCUGUAUGUGGGGCUGGUGGUCAUGUGUGGCUUUGUCCUUUUUGAUACGCAACUCAUUAUUGAAAAGGCUGAAAAUGGCGAUAAGGAUUAUAUCUGGCACUGCAUUGAUCUCUUCUUAGAUUUCGUUACUCUCUUCAGAAAACUCAUGAUGAUCCUGGCUAUGAAUGAGAAGGACAAAAAGAAAGAGAAGAAGUGAAAUGACCAUCCAGACUUUCCCAGUUUGACUUCCUCUUCCUCCACCCCUCAUGUCCUCUUUGCACACAUUACAGGUGGCGUGUUCUGUGAAAAUGAAAAGCAUCAGAAAAGCUUUUGUACUUUGUGGUUUUCUCUAUUUUGAAUUUUUUGAUCAAAAAACUGAUUAGCAGAUUAUAGUUUGGAGUUUGGCUUCAUAUUUCUGGGGUUCUUCCUUACUUUCUUUUCUGUCACCCCAUCCUUAGCCUUUUGUUCUGCUCCAGCAGUCAGCCCACCAUGAUGAGGAGUGGGGUCAACAGAGGGAGCAUACUCCAGGAGUCAGCAUUCCCACCAAGCCUCACCAAGUGAACCCAAACUGUUUGGUAGAGCCACCUUGGCCCAAUCUUCCUUAGCAUUGUUUGAUUUGCAUGCAGUUUCCAUGGGACUGGACAGUGUGUUUUCCAUUAGGAAGAAGUUUGACAGUCCUCUGGUUAACUCAGACUCAUUGUAUCUGAGCUGUCAACCCUACAAAGAAUGCAGAGAGCCUGCCCCUUUCUGGGUGCUUUGUUUCCUCUGUGCUGCCCAAGCUGGUCUGGCAAACACCUUUCUGCCUUGCCAUCGCAAAGGGAAUGUAGAUUUCUGUCUGUUCCCUUUCCCACCCCUGCCUGAUCCUCAGGGAAUCUGCCUGCUUUUCCAUCAUGGGGUGGGAGAACUUUAGCACAAAGGGGAGACUAAUUCUUAUCAGGCAUUUAUGAAGAGGCUGACAAUGUAUGGCAAGGUAGAGGUAACAGAAUUUCCAAAUUUCUCUUGGUUUUUGUAUUUUUGUCAUUGUUAGUUUUUAAAAUUGGUUAAUACCUUAGUUACUGAGUGGCCUCCACUAGGUGGCUAUAAAGGUUUCAAAAGAGGAAGGAUAAGGAAGGAGAACAAUUGAGCCUCUGGGCCUAAUUGGAAUGAAUUCUGUCAAACAAACCUAGGUGAGGUAAUGUCCCCCCCUUGGUAAUGGGGGACAAAUCUCUACCAACCCUUAGUGAUUCCUUGUUCAGAACAGAGAAACAGAACUCUGGUGACUUGCCAAGUCAGCAUUCAUAAUAGCUGUUCAGUGUGUUUCUUUUGUCUUACCCCACCUAGACUCUAUUGGUGUGUCAGGCCAGAGAUUUGAGACAGUAGGUUUGUGUUCAUUUUUCAGAUGCACUUUAGGUUUUGGUCUUUCACUUGUUUCCAGAAGUCUGCAGUCUUUUAAGGAGGAGUCAGGUGACCAGACUUGGCCAGAGCUCCCAUUCCCUGCAGCUUUCUGGUAACAAGCAUGAGCAGGUAGUCCUAGUGAGGAUUGCCAGCUUCUUCCUCUGGACUACCACAGCCAGGUACACAGAAGGGCAGCAUCAGGAGUGAUUGUGGCCUAGGGUAUUCACAGGUUUUAAUGUAAAAGGGACAAAGUUAUUGAAAGAACAUUACCAAUAAUUCACUAUUUUUGGCUCUCCCUGAACAACCAGUAAAGUUUGACACAGUGGCUGGUGGUUUGCAGUGUACGAUGUCACUGUGCCAUUCCAUGAAACUGUUCCGGAAGUGGCCUGCCACCUAGAAAAUGACUUGCUUCUGUUGAGAAUGCUGCCCUCUGGUGUAACUACUGCUGCCUCUAGCCUCCCACUUGAGAAUUUCCUAAAGGAAUUUCCUUCCUGUUAAGCCCCGAUUAGCAACUCUCCAUAAAUUUGGUGUUUCUCUGCCAAGUCUGAGAAUCUAAGUUCCACCUUCGAAGCCAGACUCCAUCUCUUAACGCUUUUUUGCUUGGGAUAAAGGAGUUUUUCUUUAGAAACAGUGCCAAGAAUGAUAAGAGAUAAAGAAACUACUUUUAAAGAAAAUGCCUAACAAGUUUUUAAUACAGGUAUCACUGUAAUUUCCACUUUCUUUUCUAGUUCCUUGGUUUUCAGCUCAGGCUGCAUUCUCUAACUCAUACUGUGAAGACAAAGGUGUUUUUGAUUCAAAAAUAUAUGAUAUCUACAUAGUCUUAAUUUGUAAAAAAUAAAGAAAAUUCCUUAACCUUU